CUGGUUGCCACCCUGCCUGAGGAGAUGCGUCCUGGGCCUGAUUUCCAUGGACUUCCAUGGGAGCCUGUUAUUAUCACUGCCUUAGUGGGAUUUAUCACACUUGCUAUAUUUUUGUGGAGAACCUGCCUUUCAGUAAAGAGUAGAAUAUAUCAAGUGACUGAAAAGCAACUUGCUGAAAAGAUUAAAAAGCUUCUGCAAGAAAAAACAGAGAUCUUAGAAAAGUUGUCAGAAUAUGAUCAAAAGAUAAAAGAAGCAAAGGAAUCCGUGAAAGUGGCCCAAGAGCAAAAAGACAUUUUGUCUGAUGAAACUACAGGGCUCAAAGACACUGUCAAAGAACUGGAAGAAUCAAAUCAUCAGCUGGAUGAGAAAGUGAAAAAUCUGCACACAAUGCUUGAAACAGAGAGAAAAAAGAAUGAGAAGAAACAGAAUAAGAUCUCUGAGACCCAGAAGUCCUUGGAGAAACUUCAAGAGGCUAUCAGUGUGCAUUCUGCAGAGCUUUCAGAGGUGCAGAUAGCCCUUAAUGAAGCUAAACUAAGUGAAGAGAAGGUGAAAUCUGAGCUUCAUCAUGUGCAGGAAGAGAAUGCCAGGCUGAAAAAGAGUAAAGAGCAACUGCUAAAAGAAGCUGAAGGUUGGAGCGAGAGGCAUAGUGAGCUCCGUGAGCAGAUCCAACUGUAUCAGAAAUCCCAGAAGGACAUAGAAGAAACACUUGCCUACAAAGAGAAUGAAAUUGAAGUUUUAACUAACUGCAUUAUGCAGUUAAAGCAGCUGGACAUGGAUUCAGAGGCCAGGAAGGAUGACAAAGGGUGUGGAUGGAGCUCAGCAGAUGAUCUGGCCAAUGGAGAGUUGCCAGAUAUUGAGAGUGAGAAGAUGAAGACUCAGAUUAAGCAGAUGAUGGAUGUCUCCAGGGUAAAAACUAUGUUAUCCAUAGUUGAAGAAGACAGAAAUCUUCUGCAGUCCAAACUGAAUGAUGAAGUAACGGCGAGACAUGAGCUGGAAGAGAAAAUAAAAACGUUGGAACAUGACUCCUAUUCGCUCCAGUCAACCAACACUCAACUGGAAAAUGAAUGCAAAACUCUGCAGCAGAAAGUGGAGAUACUUGGUGAGCUCUACCAGCAGAAGGAGAUGGCACUUCAAAAAAAACUAACCCAGGAAGAGUAUGAGCGUCAGGAGAAGGAGCAGAAAUUGUGUGCUGCAGAUGAAAAAGCUGUGCUGGCCGUUGAGGAAGUGAAAGUUUACAAGCAAAGGAUCCAGGAUAUGGAAGAAGAAUUGCUAAAAACAGAGAGAUCUUACAAGAACCAGAUUGCUGCUCAUGAGAAAAAGGCACAUGAAAAUUGGCUUAAUGCCCGCUCGGCCGAGAGAGCUCUGGCUGAAGAAAAGAGAGAAGCAGCCAACCUGAGACAGAAAUUAAUAGAAGUAAACCAAAAGAUUGCCAUGCUUCAGAGACCAGUAAUUGUAAAGCCAACUCCAGGCAGACCUGAUCGCCAAGUCCCACCACGACGAGGGCCCUUAAGCAGAGAUGGCUCUUCUGGCCCGUCACCUGUCAGUGGAGGAAAUCCAUCCCCCACACAGAUGAUAGAAGUUCCUGCUCGGCCCCUUUCUGCUCCUCGAAGGGGUGAAUUUGGUACAGUGGUGGAUAGCCCCACUGUUCCACGAAGGCCACCAGAGCUUCCUGGAAGGAUGCCUGUUCCUGAUAUCGGCCCUGCCGUGCCAUCCCUGAUCAGCAGUGAGCCAAGAACCUCCUCCCCUUCCACAGCAAUGGAUGGAGGGGGUAGUGCUAGUGCCAAAGGCCCAUCCCCUUUCCCUGGGACACCCCUCAUGACCUCCCUGGUGAUGGGACCUCCACAUCCACCACCUGUUCACUAUGGACCACCGCCAGCUCCUCUCCGUGGGCACUUAGGGCCUCGACCUCUUCCCGUGUCCCAAGUUUGUGGUGCUCCCUUGCCACCUCCAGCUGCAAGAGAUUUCUUACCUGGUCCGCGUUUAGGAAUAAGAGAUUUGCCUCCUGGCCCUCUACUGCCUCCACCAGAUCCAAGAGGCUAUGCCCAUGGGCACCCUCCUUUUCGACCCCUGGGGCCUCCUGGCCCAAGGGAUUAUCUUCCAGGCCCACGGCUACAACCUCAAGCUUCCAGAGACUAUACUCCUCCUCCUAGCAGAGACUUGCCUCCGUCAGCACCCAGAGACUAA